AUGAAGUCAAGAAGCUUCUGGCCAUUUCUCAUAAUAUUAGUGAUUUUACUAUCAGCUGCUUGGGGAUGGAUGGAAUCAAACUGGAGCAGGCGCUUUUAUUCAGAUGCUGGGAGGCUAACACACGAGGAAUCCAGAAGCUUUGAAAUUUCAAGAAGAAAAGUGCAAUAUGGGGAAGGUGGACUCCAUGCAUCAUGUGAGAAGAAGUAUUGUGUUCGGGGAAGUAAGUGUGUCAUAAACAAAGAGACUGAUAAGCCUGAAUGCAGGUGUAUAGAUAAUUGCAAGCCCAGUUACAUGCCAGUGUGUGGCUCAGAUGGCAAAUUCUAUGAAAAUCACUGUGAACUCCACCGAGCUUCGUGCUUGCAAAGGAAAAAAAUCUACAUUAUUCACAGCAAAGACUGCUUCUUCAAAGGUGAAACAUGCACAAUGGCACAGUACAGUCAACUAAAAGGUAUACUUCUGGAUCUUCAGUCUCACCAUCAGAGGCAGCAGACUCAGUCAAGAGAAGAUAGAACUCAAAAGCGUUUCUUAGUUGAAGAUAUGUUUAAUCACUUGGAUAUAGAUGGUGAUGGACACCUCAGCAGCCCUGAAUUGGCUCAGCUGAUGAAAAGGAAAGAUUUGGAAGAUGAUUUUUUGGAUUGUACACCAGAGAAUCUUCUCCAGUUUGAUGACUACAACAAUGAUGGUUACUUAAAUCUGCCAGAACUCUACACUGCAUUCCAGGUGGUCCAACUCACACUUCCUGAAGAUCAAAUGGUUAGCAUGACCACAGUAACCGUAGGGCUGAGCACUGUAUUGACCUGUGCUAUCCAUGGACCUCUGAGGCCUCCAAUCAUCUGGAAACGCAACGGAGUCACGUUGAAUUUUUUAGAUUUGGAAGAUAUCAAUGAUUUUGGAGAAGAUGAUUCUCUCUACAUCACCAAGGUAACAACUAUUCACAUGGGCAAUUACACGUGUCAUGCCUAUGGCUAUGAAGAACUCUAUCAGACCCACAUUCUUCAGGUGAAUGUGCCACCAGUGAUUCGUGUCUAUCCUGAAACACAGGCACAAGAACCUGGCAUAUCAGCAAGUCUCAAAUGUCAUGCUGAGGGCAUUCCAAAUCCUAAAAUUUCCUGGCUAAAGAAUGGCAUUGGUAUCACACCUAAGUCGUCCAAGCAAUUGAUGUUGUUAGCAAAUGGAAGUGAACUUCACAUCAGUAGUGUUCGAUAUGAAGACACAGGUGCCUAUACUUGCAUUGCUAAAAAUGACGUGGGAGUCGAUGAGGAUAUUUCUUCUCUCUUCAUUGAAGACUCAGCUAGAAAGACUCUUGCAAACAUACUGUGGCGAGAGGAAGGCCUCUGUGUGGGAAACAUGUUCUAUGUCUUUGCUGAUGAUGGUAUCACAAUAAUUCAGCCAAAUGACUGUGAGAUCCAGAGACACAUCAAACCAAAUGACAGGGUUUUUACAAGUUAUGCAGAAAUCUGUCCUAGAGUUGAAGGUGAAAACAUUCAGUUCUGCCUGUGGGCUUCUGCUGUCAAUGUCAGAGAUAAAUAUAUUUAUGUAACACAACCUAAGUGGAAUAGAAUAAUGAUCCUCGAUAUCCAGACUCAGAAAGUCAUUCAGGCCUUAGCUGUUGAUCCUCUACCAGUGAAAUUACAUUAUGAUAAAUCACAUGACCAAGUGUGGCUUCUUAGCUGGGUGGAUAUGGAAAAGUCCCACCCAACACUGCAAGUAAUACCAGAGGCAAGUACAGGAGAGAAUCUGCAUAUCAUUCAUACCCAUUUGGAUGGAAUGGAUGAUUACUUUAUUCCAACCACAAAUCUCAUUAUUAAUCACAUCAGAUUUGGUUUCAUCUUUAACAAAUCGAAAUCUGAAGUUCACAAAAUAGAUCUGGAAACUGUGGCUCUCAUCAAGACUAUCAGCUUUAAGAACUACAGCUGUUUGCCCCAAGCCAUGGCCUAUACCCACUUGGGUGGCUACUUGUUCAUCCAGUGUAAAAUGAAUACAUCAAUACUAAUAACUCCACAGCUUAUAAUUGACAGUGUUACAGAUUCUGUUAUUGGUCCCAACAGUGACGUAUCAGGUACUCCCUAUAUUUCCCCGGAUGGACGCUAUUUGGUCAGCACUGAGGAACACAGCGGAAGGAUCCGAGUCCAGGCAAUAACAGUCCAAGGGGAAAUCAAGUUGAUUUAUGACUUACAAACCACCAUACAGAUAUCUGAUCUGACAUUUCUGUCCUCUUUCACUGAAGGCAAUCAGUAUUAUAUAUAUGCUACUUCACAUUUGCAAACAGAUGUACUUUUUGUAGAGCUGUCAACAGGGAAAAUGGACAUAUUGAAGAAUUUAAAGGACCCUAUCAAAUCUAAAGACUGGCCCUGGAGCAGCUACAACAGAAUUAUCCAAGACAGUGGAUUAUUUGGGCAAUACCUUAUUACACCAGCCAAGGAUUCACUAUUUAUUAUUAACGGGCGACAAAACACAUUACGCUGUGAGGUUUCAGGUAUCAAGAGGGGCAAUACAGUGGUUUGGGUUGGAGAUGUAUGA